AUGCCUACCAUUGUUUUAAGCUUAGCUAUCUAUCUAUCUGUUCAUAUCUAUCUAUUUAUCCAUCUCUCUCAGUCUGUUCAUAUCUAUCUCAGUCUGUUCAUAUCUAUCUAUCCAUCUAUCUCAGUCUAUUCACAUCUAUCUAUCUAUCUAUCCAUCUCACUCUGUUCACACCCAUCUCAAUCUAACUCAGUCUGUUCACAUCUAUCUAUCUAUCUGUCUAUCCACCUGAGUCUGUUCACAUCUAUCUAUCUAUCUGUCUAUCCACCUGAGUCUGUUCACAUCUAUCUAUCCAUCUUUUUCAGUCUGUUCACAUCUAUGUCAAUCUGUUCACAUCUAUCUAUCCAUCUAAGUCUUUUCACAUCUACCUAUCCAUCUAAGUCUGUUUACAUCUAUCUAUCUAUGUCAGUCUGUUCACAUCUAUCUAUCCAUCUAUCUAAGUCUGUUUACAUCUAUCUAUCCAUCUGUUCACAUCUAUCUAUCUAUCUAUCUAUCUAUCUAUCUAUCUAUCUAUCUAUCUAUCUAUCUAUCCACCUCAGUCUGUUCAUAUCUAUCUAUCUAUCCACCUCAGUCUGUUCAUAUCUAUCUAUCCAUCCACCUCAGUCUGUUCAUAUCUAUCUAUCCAUCCACCUCAGUCUGUUCAUAUCUAUCUAUCCAUCCACCUCAGUCUGUUCACAUCUAUCUAUCCAUCCACCUCAGUCUGUUCACAUCUAUCUAUCCAUCUAUUUCAGUCUGUUCACAUAUAUCACUUUGUUCAUUAUCUAUCUAUCUAUCUAUCUAUCUAUCUAUCACCGACUUUUACUUUUGAUGAACUCAUUAAAACUCUAUCUAAAACACAGACCCUAG